AUGGAGCUAGCGAAUGAGACCACAGUGCAGGAAUUCAUUUUGCUGGGCUUUGGAGUCACACAGCAGAAGCGAUUCAUCAUCCUCGUAUUUUUCACCAUUCUCUACAUCCUCACUUUGCUGGAGAACAUCACCAUUAUCACACUGGUGGUACUUGAUGCCCACUUGGCCCGGCUGCCCAUGUACAUCCUGCUGAGCAACUUCUCUUGGCUCGAGAUGUGUUAUGUGUCAACCACUGUGCCCCGCAUGCUCUUUGACUUGCCAUCUCCCCAUGCAGUCGUUUCCUUCCAUGCCUGCUUCCUUCAAUUCUACAUCUUCUUCUCUCUCGGCAGCACCGAAUGCUUCUUCCUCUCAGCCAUGGCCUUGGAUCGGUACUUGGCCAUCUGCCACCCAUUGCGUUACCCACAACUGAUGUCACCAAAUUACUGCUACAUCCUGGUGGCGGCCUGCUGGGUCAUUGGCUUCCUGUGGUACCUCACCCCAGCUGUUUUAAUUUCCAGGCUGUCCUUUUGUGACCACAACAAGAUAGAUCACUUUUUGUGUGAUCCAGGGCCGAUUCUGUCAUUGGCAUGCCCUCCACUAGGAAUUGCCCCCAUCAUAAGCCAGAUUUGCCUGAACGCUCUGAUUAUAGGCAAUGGCUACUUUGUCGUGCUCUCUUAUGGCAUUGUGGUUCUCACCCUGAUGAAAACCUCUAACCGAGGCAACCGUAGGAAGGCCUUCUCCACCAUAUCUUUCCAUGGGAUUGUGGUGACACUUUUAUAUGGCUCUGUGGCAGGGAUGUAUUUAACUCCAGGUGGAGAAAAUCAGUCAGAUAUCACUAAGGCAGUAACACUUUUCUAUACUGCCAUUACACCUUUUCUCAACCCUCUCAUUUAUUGUCUGAGGAAUGAUCAAGUGAAGGAGGCACUGGGCAGGAUGUGGAAGAGAAAGGAGAAAUGGCUGAGGAGAAAGGUGGAAAUGUGA